GCAAAGAGCGGACUUCCGGCGGACACAUUUUUGGCUGAGUGGACCAUCUUGAUAUGUGCUAUCGUUAUCCUUCUUGUCUACAUUUUGACAUUACUACUCUAACUUUUUUGACUCACCAUUAAAAAUCUGAGGUUUUAAGACUCAAAAUCAACCAUUUCGGAUAAGAAAAAUACAUUUUAAGGAACAGACUCCCGUGCAGUGGUGUGAGAUUGGUGUUUUGUGAGAUACGUCAUGCGAUUCUGACAUUUUUUGGUAUCGAUAUUUCACUAUUUCGAUACUAUACCAUUAAACGGCAUUUUACUAGCCUAAACAAAUUUUAUAGAGGAAGGUUUCUGAUUCAAAUGACUCCAAAAUCGUUUCUGCUGCAAUUUUUUUUACCCCCAUAGUGUAAUUCACAGCUUAAGUUAUUCGCCUAAGAUAGAUCUUCUAGAUCUAGAUCAAGGAGUUUACAGUAAGAGGUUCGUUACAGCAACUAAUCUAGAUCUCUCUAGGCUAGAUCUCUAGACACUCUGAUCUGGAUAACGCUGCAGUCGGUGUUGUGAAGCUCUCUUUCGUUUCUUGGGAAGAAGAACAAGAAAAGCAUAGCACGCCAUUACUAUUCCGAGUAUUCGGUACGCACGUAGCAGUUUGCUAUUGUUCAAUGUUCAUUAUUUUGUUUUGGUUUAGUGAACCAGCUUGUAGUAAGUUGUAGAUCUCUAGAUCGACUUGGAAAUUGAAGAGACAACUUUGUAGGCCUAGACUUAGAUCUAGACCUAGUGCAGGGUCUUUGAUCAGAGCCAAGGCCAACAUGGAUACAGAUCUGGGGGCAAACGAAACGGUAGUCGAUCUUCCAAAACGUAAAAGACGACUGAAAGGCCAGUGGUGCUCUGCAGUGAAUUGUAAUAAUGAACGAUAUAGAAGACCGGACCUUUCAUUUUUUCGGUUUCCUAAGGAUAAGGUGAGGUGCCGUAAGUGGGUGGUGAACUGCCGAAGACAGGAUUUGCUAGGCAAGUCACCAGAGAGUCUCUCCAUUGGUAACGUACUCUGCUCAGAACACUUUGAGGACUCGGAGUUUAUGAACAGUGUGAGGAGAAAUCGGCUGAAUCGUAACAAUACAGCUGUACCAACGCUGUUCAAUCUCAAUGUGCCCAAUCAUCCACGUAGAACUGCUCAAGAAGUAGAUCUAGAUCUAGAAGGAAACAGAUCUCCUUCAAGUUCAAGAAUAUCAAGAUCUACUGAGUCUACUGUGCUAACAACAAAAUGUUCAAGCUCUUCAAGAACAUCAGAGGAAAUUUCUCAAACUCAAACGACUCAAACGUCAUUUCCUCAGAAAAUGGUUAUGUGUUGUGCUGCCCUAUGGUGUACAAAUCGCCAGACAACAACACAAUCCCAGGUCUUGUCUGAGCAUCGUGUUAGAGAUCUGACGUUUCACCGAUUCCCCCUGGAAAAUGAUGGACUUUUGGCGAAAUGGGUUGAAGCCGUCCGACGAGACAAAUUCACCCCAACAAGCGUACACAGGCUCUGCAGCCGACACUUCCGUGAAUCAGACUUCAUAGAAGGUGACCGCAGGAGAGUCUUGAAACGAGAUGCGGUGCCCUCAAUUUUUGAUUUCUCCAAACACCUGGUGGUUGUCAAUCGUGGCUCACAGGUCUUGCCUUUGAACAAAGGUAGGGGAUGUCAAAGUAUCCACAAGACCAUGCGAAAGAUAGACAUCUCCCAGAUUUUUUCAGAGACUGUGGCUAAAGUGGAAGAAGUCCGUAAGGCAGCUGAGACUUCUGUCUGUACUGUUGGCGUACAGACUGAUCCUGUUUACAUUUUGCCAAUGGAAGACGCAGAUUUGAUGACGGUUGGCACAGAUAGAGGAUUGUCUGCCCGCCUCACUCUGGACUCUGCACGGAGACCUCCAGGGACCAGCCAGGGUCUUGUGCGUCAUCACUGCAGGAUCUGCGGCGCUGCCUUCGUGGGCCAGCUACAGCUCAAGCUUCAUCAGUGGAUUCAUCAGAUGGCCCAGCCCAGCUCUCAGAUGAGAAACGCAGCUUCAAUUUCUCAGAUGAAACUGGCCACUCCCGGUUUUGCGGAGAAGAAUGAAGGAGCGAGUAUGUCGAGAGUGCUGAAGGGUGUGAAUAACGGGGCGGAAGGUUUUGCAGCAGACGCAGAUCUUGGAGCGAUGGAGAUCACUGUGUUGUCUGACGGGAGAGUGAUAACGCCGUGGCAAACUGGGCAGGAGAACGUGCCGGUAGUAGAACUUCCACGUGCUGUGAAGCAGACAGGUACUCUAGGGAUUAUGUCAGGGAUUAUUGUUGGGAAGAAAAGACCGGUUGGUAAGUUACAGCGAAGUUUGCUGAAGAACAGGCUGCCAAGGGAGAGUGGUCAGGUGAGAAGUAACAGCCAAGGCAAGACGCCAAAGAAGUGCCCAGUGUGCGGGGAGAUGUUUGUGAGGCCCGCGGCCCUGAGAAUUCACCUGUCUGAGCACCUGUACUACGACAUACAUCGAGGCCAGGUGUUGAUUCGUGGGGCCAUCAUGCCCAACACCAACGGGACCGGCCUGGGCGUCAUGGAACAGACCUCGGCCGGUGAAGACCUUUCGAGUGAGCAAGAGGGACCCUUGCAGGACGGACAGGCCAAGUCAAACGGGCCGGUGCCAUAUAACCACAGCGAUGUGAAAGGUGGUGAGUUCAGCUUCGUGUGUACUCUGUGCAAUGUAGGAUUCAUGCGUAAGAAACAGUUGCGUGCGCAUCGGCACUCGGAGCACAGCAGCAUCAAAAGUGUGUACAAGGGCAAGACACUGGUGCUCAAGUCGCUUUCCUCUAGCAGACGUAAGUCCAACAGUUGUGAGAUCUGUGGGGAGGUGUUCAAGUCACUCUCCUCCCUGAAGGUCCAUGUGCUGUGCCACGAAAAGAAGAGCUUAUUCAAGGACGAUAUUUGUCACAAUGACUUCUCCACCUCUGACGCGCUCAGAGUUCACAAGAAACUGCACGAGGCAAAAGAUUCUGAAGCCCAGCCUACUGAAAAGUCGGAAAUGGAAAAGUUUGUCUGCGAUGUCUGCGGCAAGACAGUUAAAUCGAUGAAGCAGUUACGGUACCACCUGGCAAGUCAUGUGGGUGGGGAUACAAUCACAUGCCGAGUUUGCAAAGAGAAAUUCACCUCCCGGAAACUGUUGAUGGCCCACCAGGCUGAGCAGGGCCACGUGCCUAACAAGCCGAUUAUCUGUGAGGUAUGCGGCUCUUCUUACUCUCGUCUCUAUGAUCUCAAGAAACAUCACUUUGUGGCUCAUGUCAAGAACAAAGAUAAGAAGGCAAGGGUGAAACAUGGAGAGAAGGCAAGAGAAGAAGGAAGUUUCCCUUGCGAGUAUUGCGGGAAAGUUUUUCGCUUCAGAGACAAGCUGCAGUGUCAUGUCGGUAAGCAUACAGGGGAGAAAUCCUAUAAGUGCGAAAUUUGCCACAAAACUUUUUGCUACUCAAGUUCUCUGUCUUUUCAUAAACGGAAGCACAGGGAGACAAAGGUGAAAGAGAAGCCAAAAGUAAGAGUGACCUGUGAGUAUUGCCAUAAGGUUUUCAGCAGCAAGCAUGUACUGGCAAGUCACAUCAAAUACCACACCGGUGAAAAUCUCCACACAUGUGAAAUUUGCAACAAGUCUUUUGUCUACUGGGGAUCCUUCAUCUUGCACAAACGAAGCCACGCAGGCGAGCGGCCUUACGAAUGCGAUGUCUGUCACCAGCGAUUUCUUCGCCCGUACAACUUAAGGUGUCACUACCGCAUCCACACAGGCGAGAAACCAUAUCCUUGCCAGAUCUGUGGCCAGAGGUUUCGGCAGCAGGGUGACCGCAACUCGCACCAGAAGCGUCACGCCACGCAGGCCGCCAAGGCAUCCAACAACGUGUCGAGCAACACAGCAGCAGUCCAAACGAAGGUGGAGGCCCAAGUCCCAGCCACAAUUCAGAUUCAAGUCCACAGGCAGCAGGACAAUGAAAUGGCCACAUCGGUCAUUAGUGUACUUCGAGGCUAAUUAUUCUCUUUUACAUUGUUCAAAGGCUUCAUGCUGUGAGAAAGAUUCCUUUUCAUUUUAUAGUUUACUUUGGGACACUUCCAAUGAGUCGUUCUACUCCCAGUACAGCGACUUAAAACAUGAUGAUUUUGUUGUGAAUUAUCUUGUUAUUACCAUUUUUAUCAGCUUGACAAUGGUGAAAAGCAUGUACUUGUUAUUGUACAAAUGUUGUAGGUGACGACUGUGCCUGUCAUGUCCUGUUUAGUUUACAGCAGAUGACAGAAAAGGUUCUUGCAAAAUUAGUUCUGAUCUUAAACUUGCCCUCUAGCUCGAAAAAAUACUUUGGGAAAGCUGAUGUUUUUGUUCUUGUCAAUGAUUGUACUUCAAUAUUCUGAAGAAAAAUUGUGCACAAAACUUCG